AUGAAAGUGAAAACCAUAGCAUGAGACAAUGUCUAUCCCAGAAUAAAGCGCCAAUCAAAUCAAGGCUUCAACAUUCCCCCCAGGCAACACACGGGUAUUUGACUGUCGUUCUUUCCGGGGGGUGAGGAACUUGAACCUUGUAUGGGUGGGGUGGGCUAUUUGAACCGGACUUAUCAAGUUCCUCCAGCGGAAUACACGUGUUUUAUCUUUUAAUAUGGAGCUGUUUAAAGGUAAAGAGUUCACUUUCGCGAGCAGAUACCUCAUAAGGAAAGGUCUCCAAGAAAGUCACAGUCGCUGAUCUUGCCUUUUAUAAACAAAUUGGCAUCAAAUCCGGCACUUGGUAGGGCAUUUGAACACAAUUUUUAGCCCCGGUAGACGGGAAUUUGAAGGAGGAACUCUUUAAAAGUUUAAAUGCCCCGAGAGUUUCCUGGCGGGGGAAUGAUGAAGCUUUUGAGUUGAUCGACGCUAAACGGACGCAAGAAAAAACUUUAAACUGAAAUAUUAGUUUGGAAUGGCUUCAGCAAAAGUUGCAAAAAUACCUCAGAUCAUGGUACUAGGUCGGUGAUUCUAGAAAUUCCAGGAAGAAAUGGUCUGUGCAAGACUAGUAUCAGGUCAAAAGGGUGAAGAGCAAAAAUAAUGACUUAGCUUCGUAAUAGAAAGCACCUCCGAAAAAGGGAAGAUCCUACGUUAAAAACAACUCAGUUUUAGCAUACAUAUAUGAAUUCGAACCAGACCAUUUCCGUUUAUGCUAACAAUCAUACCAGAAACUAAUCUCUAAAUUAUUGCAAUUGAGUAACGCGUAUGCACUUUAAAGCCAAUCCCGAAUUCAAAGCACUUCCUUCGAAAUAAUACUUCUACAUUUGCACCGGAAAAUAAACAUGAGCAAUCAUUCAGCUACUUGUUUGAUAUCUACAAUCAACUUAUCCGACAUCUGCUUAUUAAAACGGUGUACGAGGAUAUUAUAAGUAAACUUAAACAACUUUAAAAUGAAAAUACCAAUCCAAUUGAAUUAUAAUAAGUUCAAAUUAGUUCUACAGAUCCCGUAAUCUUAUUCUUUGACACUAUACAAAGUUCGGCUCCUCAUCCUUGCUUCCGAAUCUGCUGAGCUGCGACAUCUACCGGGAAGGAGAAGCUUUCGAAGUUGUUUUUAUUUUUGAAUCAAAAUUGUAAACUAAUACUUCCCUUCCCCGAUUAAAGACGGUCUCUUUCGAUAUCAAACAGGAAACUAAAGCUAACCACACUGAAGGCCUACAGUGGCUUCACAGAUUUCCUAACUGAAAAUGUGACAUCAUAGAAGUGCUUUGUACAAAGACUUAAGUUAUUUUAACGAAAAAGAGGCAGCUGGUUCUUUACCCAACUUUACUGUAAAUGAUAUAAAAAUCAUAUGUGUGAACUGCGUUUGAAGAAAUGUAUAUGGAAGCGAUCCCCGCAGUUAUGAACACUACUUAAGUAGUAGUGAGAAUAAGGCCUGAAAAAAAUUCAGGCUCGUAUGGGAUUUGAACCCAUGACCUCUGCGAUAACGGGGCAGCGCUUUACUAACUGAGCUAACAAGCCAACUGGUCGGUAUCGCAGAGGCCUGGGUUCAAAUCCCGUACGAGCCUGCAUCUCAUAAGCUUUAGUGUAAAACUCAGAUGCUUUCUUCGGCUGGUUGAGACUGUAAAGACAGUUUCAAAUGGCAUUGUAGCACCUCGCAAGAUCAGUGUGCUUCUUUAAUCCCUUAACUACCAGAAGUGAUUAACAUGUAACUUCUCCUCAAAGUUUGCUCUGUCGUUCUCAAACUUCCUGAAUGCCUCGACAUACUGUGGCUCUAUAAGUUUGGCAAUUUUCUCCUUCUCGGCCAGAACGUAUAUGUAAAGAUGUCUCUUAGCUUCCAUUUAGGAUACCUGAAAGGCUUCAUGAGCCUUGAUACUAUCUGCGUACCUUUCUCAAAAGUGGAUGAAUGUCAUAUCUCCUCUUUACCUACGAAGCUUCCUUUGUGACCACAACUAAUGACUGCACUGGCCACAAGUCCCUCUAGCAGCAAGAAAGCUUGUGAAUUACUGAUAACAAGAAAUGUUGCUGCUAUGGCCUUUGAAAAAGGACCUCAGAACAAAGAAACUGAUACUGCAGACAUCUUUAAACUGUCCAAACAUUUCUCUAAUUGUAGACAGCCAAACCAUAUUCACUCUGUCUUCCGUAAAACUAAGUUUGAUUGCAGAUUGCAGACUACAAGCACAGCCCCGAGAAAAAUAAUUUCUAGGCCUAAAUUUUGCACUCUGGGCCUUAACUGAGCUUUUUAUUUCUUGUGACUCAGUCUUCUAUUUCAUAUUUUUUUCUGUCCUUUAGUCCCAUGGACACUUUUAGACCUGAGGAGUUUUUUUCCACUUUGUUGGGAUUAAAAUAACUUUUGUUGUAAAAGGAGGAACCGGCAAAUAACGCAAAACUUAUGAAAAAAGUAUAAACAGCCGGUGCUCUCAUUUCUGACACGAGGGACAAAAAAUUGAGCAUUACUUAUCUGCAAUAUGAAUUCACUUGAGAAAGAAACUUAUGAAAGUUGAUAAGAAAAAGAAACAUGAGUGAAAAUCUAAUCUAUGUGUGAAGAUUGAUGGACACACUUUUGUUGUGGUUCAAUUUUAUCCUUGGUUCAAAUUUUAUUUUCCUUUGUUUCAAACUCAUUAUCAUACAUUAGAAACAACCAAGACAAACGAAAAUAAAAUUUGAACCAGGGAUAAAAUUGAACUACAAACUACAACAUAUUCAUCUAUGUCCAUUAAGUUCGCUAAAGUUGAAAAAUGUGCUAUUCACAAGGAAACAAAAAAUUAAGUAGUAAGAACCAAACGUUUUCGACAUUAGGUUAUUAUCAUUAGCUUAUUAUUAAUAAGCACUGUCCGCUAAAUUGCAUAUUUUAUAUCCUUAAGUAAUUACCGACAGGAGUCGUUUCGCAACGUAAGAAUUAAUUUGCUUAUUCAAACUAGGCUGCAAAAGUUGCAUUAUGAGACCUUCAAGGAUUCUUAGUUGAUGAAAAGACUUCUCCGUGCAGAUCAUGCCCCAGUUGAAGGAAUGCGAACGAUUCUCCCGGGGAUGGCAUUUAGGUUCCAAGUCAUUAGACGUGUUUGCCAAUGACGUCUUCUCGCUUUUCACUGAAGUAAAUGUGGAGGACACCAUUGACUACAUCACUAAAUGAAUUCACACGUACAACAAAUUACUCAAAAUCAGCAAUAAACUUCUCUUCAAACGUGCUCUCUGCCACUUCCCGAACAAAACUCGUCACGAAACUCCUCCCAUCGGGAAUUAGAUAAAUGAAAUAUAGUCAAUUUGGCGAACUGUGUUUAUUUACCCUCAUGAUAACCUAGUGUCGAAAACGUUUGGUUUUUACUCUUUAAUAUAUUAUUUCCUGAUAAAUGGCCCAGAUUCAUCUAUAUUUUUCUAAUUCUGUGUUGUAAUUAAUUACAAUGCAUGAAGGCUAAGGGAAAGAAACACUCAAAAGCUCUAAAAAGCUUCAGGAAAAUUUUGGGGACACAGAAAGUUAUGCCGGAGUAACUGCCGUAAUUAUUAAAUCAAUGGACUCAUUCAAAUAAGCCUUAGGUUUGAAACUUGCUUAAGAGCAUUUGACAAUUUAUGUUGCACGCACCGACUCCGAUUUCUGAGACUGAACACGAAUCUUUAGAUUGUCAUCCUUAUUUAAACAGCUUCACUCGACAUCAGUUAUAUUUCCACGCAGGAUCUUAAAGAUGCUAUUAAAUUUUGACAAGGAAAGAGUCAUAGACGCUGAAAAUUAUUCAAAUAUAGAUACUAGAGUGCAAAUAUGUAUAACUAAAGAAAAUUAAAAAGUCCUUUCACCAAGUCCUUUCCUUUAUGCUCUCUGUAUGAGAAAAAGAUGACUCAACCAUCAGUCCUCAAGAAGAAUAGUCACGGUGAGAAAAAAGUAAAAAAAAAAUGGAAAACACUGCAACCUAAUGCAGUUUGAAGGAAGCCUAAUACCUGUUUAGCAACCUGCCUAUGUUGACGGUCACCAAAAAAAACAUGUCAUAUUGCCUAUACCGUUUUUAUUUUUGCAAUUUUUUAGCACCUGCUUAUCUAGUUUGUCAAUAGAAAUGAAAUAAACAUUCAUCCUUUUCCAUCAUAUUCUCUCUGACAGUGAAGACUAAACAUGCAUCUCAGCAUAAUAUCUCUUCUUUGCGCUGUUGCCUACGGCAUAAACCGUAUUUCAGGUCCAAAUCUCAAAGCUGUUAACUUUGCCGGAAAGAUAAAAAGACAAAAGCUGAACGGAAGCCUGAUAAGAGAUAUAGAAGUGGAUUCGGAAAGUUCCUGUCAGUUUGAGUGUGUGUAUGAAGAGCGAUGUCAGUCUUACAACUUUGGAAACGUAAAGGGCGACUCAAACAAAUUCAAGUGUCAACUAAGCGACUCUGAUCGAUUUGCUGGAUUUGCUAACUUUAUCGAGGAUAAAGAUUUCAUUUACAGGGGAAUAAAGGUAAGCUAAAUCUGUUUAGUGCAUCAACAAUGACUUCUGUUGUGGAUCAGAAUUAAAAUCUUGAUUAACUGAACUAUUUAAGCUUUCAUUUCUUCUUUUACCUCCUUAUCUGCUUAAGAAGGUCUGUGAAUAAUCGUGAUAGAAAUUUUCCGGCUGUUGACGUUAGGAGAAGGGGGCUCCACUCACGAAAACGGCUAGAUUUUUCGCGAAAAAUGUUUCGAUUUGUUUUAUAUAUAAAGCCUUCAUUCUUGCUUUUCUUUCAAGUAAAUCUUCCAUGUCAACUAGUCGCAUUUUGCUAUCCAACAAGAAAGGAUGUGUAUUCUGUUGCGCUUCGUAAUAAAAUUGUCGCAUAUUGUAGCAAGACUUGGUUUUCUCAGACGGAGCGUAAGGAGACCCACUCAUGGCUAUAACCAUCGUCAAUGAUGAUAAAAAGAUACUGAUAAAAGUAAUGAUUAUGACGUUGAUGAUAAAAACAAAUACUACCAUUGAUCAUGAUAUCAUUAUCGUCUUCAUCAUCAUCAUCAUUAUCAUGGUGGUAAAUUCAUACCCGAGGUCUCUAUUUCCCUAAGAACGAGGCUUGUGUAUGGUCUCGUAGACUUUGUUUAUCUCCCAACCUAUCAAAGGUUUUCUGUUGCACGUAACAGGGUGCGCAAGCCGAAGGCCAUAUCUUGAAGAAAUUUGUGCAAAUCCUGUUUGCAACCAAAUGAGUUGCUAUCCUUCGAAUCUCCCUGCGCUAUUGAAAGAAAGAAACUCCUUUGACUUACAGAUGUUUAGGAAGUUACUCGACACAACUUUUUUCUCUAGAGCGCAUGUGAAGAAGACAGUUUCCGAUGUGGUGAUCACAGUAUAUGCGUUCCCAACUAUCAAGAUGACAGCAUUCGAUGCCAGUGUAAGCAUGGCUUCACAGGAAAACCUUGCGGUAGGUAUAUUUCGCUUUGUUUAGGUAUAGAAAAAGCCUCAAUUAUCAUAUAAAGAAGUGAUUUCGAAUAGGUUCUUUAUUUCCUCGCAAAUUAAUAGAACCGAAAAGCUGCUCUCAAUUGUUUCAAGAUGGUUUCAAUUCUAGUGGCGUAUACACCAUCAAUCCAGAUGGCGGCAAACCAAUCCAAGUGUUAUGUGACAUGAUCACAGACGGUGGAGGCUGGACCGUUUUUCAGAAACGCUUGGACGGCUCUGUUGACUUCUAUCUUAAAUGGGAAUCCUACAAAAACGGCUUCGGAGAUCUGAGCGGAGAGUUCUGGCUUGGAAACGACAAUCUUCACCGUUUAACAGCCGCUGAUCAUGUCAUGUUGAGAGUUGACCUGGAAGACUUUGAAGGGAACAUCACAUAUGCUGAGUACACGGAUUUUGGUGUGGCAGACGAAGCUGAUAAGUACCGGCUUUUGAUUGGAGGAUACAAGGGCACCGCUGGUGACUCUAUGACAGUACAUAAGUAAGUAAGGAAUUCAGGUUGACUGAGACAGAAUCCAUUUCCAGCCGCGGGAAGCAUGUUUCGAAUAGGGAUGUGGCUUUAGAAAUUGAUUUCGAAGGGAACUAAUCGUGAACGGCUUAUCACAUCUAGUUUGAAUUUUGUAUGUAAAGAGAAACAUUUCCAGAUAAAACAAAGGAAAACGUAUAGCUUUGAUUUUUAUUUUGGGAGUUUAAUGUUUUAUUGGUCUCCAUCUUCGUUUAAAUUUUGAAUCGUCACAAUCACAAUCCUAAACGGACAUAACUAAAAUUGUUCCGAAAAAAUCAAAGGACAAAUUUGUCAUGUAAAAUGUUUGCUUCGUCUGUUGCAUCCGCAUCAAAAAAAAUUGAAAGCCGUCCAAAAUUCCGUCAGUGCCUGAUGUGUUCAUAAGACUGGCCAGCCAAGUAUGCCAAAGGAUUAAACCUCCAAUUUCCAGGAUUUGUACAAGCCGUUUCAAAAAUUUCAAUCCCCGUGUUUUGGAACAAAAGAUAACUAUUGCCUUCAUACUAUACUGCUUUCAGUUCAAUUACGCGCUGAUCGUAGCUUUUACGACAAAUAAUCGACAAGUUUCUCACGGUUUUGUUUAUUAAGUCGAUUUUGUUCAGUUUUUACCCGGGACAAAUGUCGUGGGCGGUGCAUUUGAAGAUUUGUCCGCCUCGAACAAAAUUUGUCAAGUCGCGACAAACAAUCUGCACUUGUGAAAUGUUGAUGUUGACAGGAAACAACUUAUUCGCUACUGCGGAAAGGCCCUAACUUUACAUAUUCAAGAAAUUGAUAAACCAAAAGACUUUCGGGAGCCUCAAACAAACUACAUCAACAUACACUUCAAGUAAUGUGUGAGACUUCAGUAAGAUUGAGAUCUCAACAGUUUUUCAAGGUUCCGAUCUGAUAAGUCACGUGACUUGAUUACGUAAUCCGAUAACCUAGACUACCAAGAAUGUGCCGCCUUUGUUUUAACACCCGCAAAUGGAUACAGCUUCUUGAAAAAGGACGAUAAACCGUAGGCCCCAUCUCCUGCAUCUUCUCUCUACUGGUCAGUAGGGGAUGUUAAAGAACCCACGUAUUUUUCACAAAGAGAAGGGAACGAAGCUCCCGGUAUUGGGUUAGGCCUGGCCUAGUUGUUAUUAGUUUGUAUAGGCUACCAUCCAAACUAGCUUUAAAGCUGAACUUGAUCAGCCUGUAUAAAUAUCGUGAAUAAAUAAAUAAAUAAGUAACUAAUGCUUUUUAUGUGUCUAAACAAGGUGAAAACAAGCUUACAUGAAAUUUCAUUUCAUUUCAGCAAUAUGAGGUUUUCUACGAAUGAUCAAGACAAUGACGGAGAUAACAGGCAUUGCUCCCAACUCUACAAGGGAGCCUGGUGGUACCAAAACUGCCAUAACUCCAAUCUGAAUGGAUUGUACCUCAAUGGCUCCCAUAAGUCUUAUGCUGAUGGAGUCAACUGGCUUCAUUUCAGAGGCCAUUAUUACUCACUAAAACGCACUGAGAUGAAAGUGAGAACCAAUGCGUAA